AUGCCUAUGAUGGAUUGGUAAAUAAAUCAAAAUAUUAUGAAUAAUCAUCUUAUUGUAAAUGAAAACAUCAAAUCACAAAAAGUUGAUGUUCCCAAAUAAGAUGAUAUGCUUUUUGAAACUUAUUAUAUAGAUCUUAAUCAAAAUAUAUAAAUAUCUAGAAUACCAAAAAAUUUUAAUGAAAAUAGUUAGCAGCUAAAGUAAUUAUAAGGGAUGAUGUUGAAGAAAAGCCCUUAUAGUUUGAUAGGAUUUUAAAAAAAAUAUUGUAUUAUAGAAAGUCGGAUACUUUCUUAUUACAAUUUUGAGGAAAAGGAUCGUUUAGAAGGCUAAUUAAAUUUUGAUUUAUAAGACUAUCAAUAUUUUGACAUAAAAAAUGCAUAUAAUUAAGUAAUAGAAUUUAAGUAAAUGCAUUGUUUUUUUUUUAGAUUAAUUCCAAAUGGAUGCGAUAAAUAAUUUAUAUUUUGAA